AUGGCCAUCUGUGCAUGCUAUGUCCUGGUCUACCUGGCUGGCUGGGCGUCGCGUGUGAAACAAUCGCCAAAAGUCAACGACACGCAAGACAGCGAUGCUUCUCGCACAAGUGUUCAAAUCAACGAGCCAAUGAAGCGCGCGGCCAGCUCGCAAGGGUCAGCUGAUGUGAAGACGCUACAGCAGGCGCUACAAAGUCAUGCUAUGCUCAAAAUCUCGUCCAGGGAGCAAAACUUGCGCUUAGAAAAAGAGCGAGAGCUACGGACGGAGCUGCAGAGGUCUCUGGCAGCAGCGCGAGAAGCAGAAAAAGAGCUACAGAGCACUCUAGCAGCAGAGCAAGAGCUACGUGCCGAGCUACAGAGAUCUCUGGUAGCAGCGUGA